UAAAUAUGUUUACCGAAACUUACUUCGAAACGAAGUAGGUAUAUUCAAAAAGUCUAUGGCUGAGUGUUUUUGUUUUCUCAUUAUUUUCUCUUUCUUUGAAAUUUAUUAUUUUAAAAUUUACCAAUAAAACAAAGAGUCAUAUUUAUACGGUAAAUCGCUAUGUAAAAUCAGUAGGUUAGUACUUGGUAGUAAAUCAAUAUGUGAGGAUAUUCAUGCGAAAUGGCUGUGAAUCCGAACUUGAUUAAGGAAGAUAACAGCAAUAAUUCCAGUGUCAAACUUGAAGAGGAUCUUGAUGAACUUCAAAUAUCUACAGUCAAUGAUAAUGAUAUUGAUGAUGGUGCAUUAGACAAACGAGUGAGUUCAAAGACUACUGAACUAGCCAAGUUUUCUGCAGUAGGGCAGCGUUCCUAUGCACCUGUUUUUGGUAGUGUCGCAGUGUCUAACUCUGAAAAUGUUCAGUUUGGUGACACUACACAUUUUCAUGGUCCUGUAACUAUCAUCCAUAACAACAAUGGUGUCGAAAAUGUGUCAUAUAUGCACUCAGAAGACGAGAAUCUGCCUGAACGAGAAAAAUAUUCAACAACAACGAAAUGUGAUGAAUCCGUUGUCAAAAAGUUUUAUGUUCACUCCUGGGUGAAGGUUGUAGUCUCUGCAGUAUGUGUCAUUCUAAUAGCAGUUACAUGUGCUUUAGCUCUAUUAGUACAAGGUAACAAAAAUAGUUCAAAUGAAACUGUAUCCGAUAUGGAAGCGGACACACCAUACUAUACAAGGGUGGUGGGAGUAUGUCAUGACAAUUUUCAAUUGAUCAUGUUUACAAUCAUGGUACCUUUAACAAUAAUAUUGAUGUUAUAUUCAUUACUAACACCUCAAACCUUGGACUUUGAUAAGAAAAGAAAAUUCCAUUCCACGAUUAGUACAAUUGAAGAAUUCGAAAAUCGCAUGACAAAAAAUGCUAAAAGGAAAGCGGACACUUUGUUGAUAGCGCCAAACCACUUGAGGAUAGUUUCAAGGACGGACUGGCUCGCUCAGCCUGUAGAAAAUGAGCUUGAUAAGAUUCGUCAACCGGUGCCAUGGGUUAUAAUAACGCACACAGCUACGGAAAGUUGUCACUCGCAGAGCGAGUGCGUACUUCGCGUCCGGCUGAUACAAAUGUUCCACAUAGAAUCCAGAAAUUGGGAUGAUAUCGGUUAUAAUUUUUUGGUCGCAGGCGAUGGUUCCGCUUAUUAUGGACGUGGGUGGGAUUAUAUCGGAGCACACACGCUAGGAUAUAACCGUUACAGUAUCGCUAUUGCCUUUAUAGGCACGUUCAACAAUGAAGCGCCACCUAAAAAACAAAUUGAAGCUUGUGAGAAACUUAUUAAACUCGGGGUACACUUAGGUAAACUGUCAAAAGACUACAAAUUGUUCGCCCACCGGCAGUUGGCAUCUACAUUGAGUCCUGGUGAUAAAUUGUUCGAUAUUAUUAAGACUUGGCCUCAUUUUGUAAAAGAUGCUUCAAAUAUCUCAGAGCUUAUUCCAAGUUAUUGAUUUUCAUAUAACUAGUUUUUUAAAAAGUGAUUUGGGCAUUAUCACAAAUAAACUAAGUACGAAUGAAGAUGACCUCGUUGUAUUAAUGAAUACAUUAUAUAUAUUAUGGUUUUAUUAUAACUUCACAUUUUUAAGGUUUGUUCACAAUAUUAUUGCUUAGCGAAUUUUAAAAUAUAUAGUUAUUUUUUUUGCUAAUAUUUAUGUUUUCAAUUUGAAAUAUACUUAUUUUAAACCCUUAUUGGGUUGUUUCUACAAUUAAAGUUAAAUUUAAUAAGUUGUAGAAACAACCCAUAAUAAGGAUGUUUCAAUUUUCUUUUUCGACAGACUAAUAAUUAAAUAUAUAUACUAAAGAAAGAAAGAUAAGGAAUAUGUUUCCAAUGUGAUAAAGUAGACUUCCUCACACAAAUGGUGCGCUCAAUAUUAUUAAGUUAUUAGUGUUUUGAUAUUAUAAGGGUAAUGUUAAGUAGUGUAUAGUAGCAAAAAUAAUGAAAAGAUAUAUUUAAUGAUGUGAUUUAUCAAUACGUAGCGUAUAUAUUAAAAUAUGGGUUCUGUUAAAGAAAAUUAAGUUGUUCAACAAUUGUAAAUUGUUAUUAAUUUGAAAUGAGAGAACAAAUUGUAUUUGUAUAAGUGUUCUAUUAAAUUUCAAAUUAAUGAACAGGGUAUGAUCUCGGUGCUAUUAGUGUUUGUAUAUAAAAACAUUUUGUUUAAAUGGCAUUUACCAAAUAGUUUAUAAAUACUUAUAUAUAAUGUUAUACUUUUUCCUUGUGAUUAAGGUGCUGCUCCCUAAUAGAUAAAAUAUUUUUAAUUUAGUUUUAUUUUGCUUUUUCCUAACAUUAUGUAUUUUUUAUUUGGUCAAUAUAGUUAUACAAAUUAAGUUUAGCCUCGAUAAGUAAGUUAAAGCUAAUUUAAGAAUGAAGAUUCUUCUCAAACUGGUUUUACCUUACUAAUAUCUAGCUUUGGCGACAUUAUUUUAAACGAGAUGUUACCGACAAAACUCUUAAUUAAAAUACCUAUUAAGAAAGCAAACAGGUGGUGAUAAAUUGUGUAAUAUAUUUUUGCUGUGAGAAUAAUUCUUAUAUUGAAUUAUGUAUAUGUUUUUGCUUACUGCUAUUCAUUCUUCAUUAAAAUAAUAAAUAAAUAUAAUAUUCUUAUUAACAGCUAUCGAUAUAUGGAUAUAUUACAUAACAGCAAUUUGCUCAAUUAACAAAAAAAAAGAAAAAAUAAACAAUGCAAAUGUGAUAUUGCUUUGUGCUUUACUUUUUGUAUAGUUAAAUAAUUAUAUUUUUAUGUUAUUUUUGUAGGAUAAUUUAGACUCUCUAGCAAUGAAAUGAAAUUAAUAAAUUACAUUUAGUCAUCUAAAAA